CUCCUCUGCUUCUCCUUCUUCUUCUUCCCCCACACACACGCACCAAGCAUGCACAUCAAUGUCCCUUCCCCUCACCAAACCCCGCAACCUCUCCCUCUGACGCUGCCCGACCCGAUCCGCAUCCCAUGGCCUCCACCGCGAACGCCUUCCGCCUCUCCGUCUCCCCGAAGCCCGCCGCCGCCUCCUCCCCCGACGCGUUCCUCCGGCCGGAGACGCUGUCCUUCCGCUCUCCCGCGGGCGGCGCUCGGCUGCUGAGGCGGAGCGGCGGCGGCGCGUGCUCCGUGAGCGCGGGCGCGGGCGCCGCGAGAUUCAGGGUCCGGGCGAGCGCGACCCCGGUUAUGGACAAGUCCGCGAGCGAGGCCGGCUCCAAGGCCCCCACCAUCGUCGAGGUCGACCUGGGCAGCCGGAGCUACCCGAUUUACAUCGGGUCCGGACUCCUUGACCGGCCCGAGCUCCUGCAGAGGCAUGUUCAUGGGAAGAGGGUUCUUGUGGUGACUAACGACACCGUGGCGCCAAUUUACUUGGAUAAAGUUGUCAAUGCCUUAACCAAGGGAAACCCGAAUGUUUCCGUCGAUCAUGUGAUCUUACCGGAUGGUGAGAAGUACAAGGACAUUGACACCAUGAUGAAAGUCUUUGAUAAAGCAAUUGAGUCGCGUUUGGACCGCCGAUGCACGUUUGUCGCCCUCGGUGGUGGUGUGAUUGGUGACCUGUGUGGGUAUGCUGCUGCUUCGUUCCUCCGUGGUGUUAACUUCAUUCAGAUUCCCACGACGGUUAUGUCUCAGGUGGAUUCUUCUGUUGGGGGGAAGACAGGCGUAAAUCACCGCCUCGGGAAGAAUUUGAUCGGUGCCUUCUACCAACCACAGUGUGUGCUUAUAGACACUGACACUCUCAACACCUUGCCAGAUAGGGAAUUAGCAUCAGGCCUUGCUGAGGUUAUUAAGUAUGGGCUUAUUAGGGACGCUGAAUUUUUCGAGUGGCAGGAAAAGAAUAUGCAUGCCUUAAUGGCCAGGGAUCCAUCGGCACUAGCAUAUGCUAUAAAGCGUUCCUGUGAAAAUAAGGCUGAGGUUGUGUCCUUAGACGAAAAAGAAAGUGGAUUGAGGGCAACAUUGAACUUGGGACACACGUUUGGCCAUGCUAUUGAGACCAGUUUUGGCUAUGGUCAAUGGCUGCACGGAGAAGCUGUCGCUGCCGGCAUUGUUAUGGCUGUUGAUAUGUCCUACCGGCUCGGUUGGAUUGAUGAAUCGAUUGUGACCCGAGUUGACAAGAUUCUGAAGCAGGCUAAGUUGCCGACUCUCCCUCCUGAAACCCUGACCGUGGAGAAGUUCAAGUCUGUUAUGGCGGUCGACAAGAAGGUAGCAGACGGGCUGCUGAGACUCAUCCUUCUAAAAGGGCCUCUUGGUAACUGCGUCUUCACGGGCGACUACGACAGGAAGGCCCUCGAUGAAACACUCCGCGCAUUCUGCAAGUCUUGAGAUACAGAUGCGGGGAGCUUUCGGCGUCCCCGAGAUACUUUCGAUUCUUUUGUCAGUAGAUGUAUGCGUAGUUUUUAUGUAGUAGUGUGGUAAAGCCAGUGUUGCAAUUGUUCACACCUUCUUCAUUCUGUCGACCUAAGAUUGAAUUGGUGAAAUCUUAUUGAUAGCGAGGGUUUUGUACUUCAGACAGACUGGGAUCGUCAACAGAAAUAAAGAUGUCAAUGUCUCUCCCUC